GGGCCCUUCUGUAGGCUCACUAGGAGCUACGCCCACUUGAGGCUUCACGGGUGUAUCUCGUGAUUUUGGGCCCGAGGCUUGCAACACUAUUCUCACCAGCAACUGACUGCGACACCAUUCCUGAUCUGUGACAUCAUUUCUGUCCUGCGACACCAUUUUGGACCUGCGACACCCUUUUGAACCUGCGACACCAUUUUUGAUCCGCGACAUCAUUUUCGCCUUGCGACACCCAUUCCUGAUCUGUGACAUUGUUUCUGUCCUGCGAAGGCGUUCUUGAUCUGCGACACCGUUUUCAUCUCAUAGCGAUCAACUCAUUUUGAUAUCUUAUAAGCAAUGCUGCCCCAGCGCCUAAUGGAGUACACAAAUACUUGAAAGGAAACACAAGAAGGACAGCUCGACUGUUCUACUUUUUAGAUUCAGAAUACCGCAUUUCUAUUUUUCAAAAUGGCAAAAAAGAAAGGAAAUAAGGGUGCGGACGCUCAGAAAAGCGCCCGCGACAUGCAAACACCUGUUUCCGAUCAUGAAGGGUCUAAUGAUUCCGAUACCGACAAAGCCAAAUCGAACAACAUAAAUGAAGCAGAUAGCAGCCAGACCACUUCUUUGAUUACCACAACAACUGAAUCGGGAUCCCAAGAUGCGGAGACGAGCAAAGUCAAGGAGCCAGAACCCGGAACAAAGAAGAACGAAAAGAGUAAAGAAACUGUUCGGAAGGCGAGGUUCGAAAGAAGCCCGACUCGAGAGGGCAAUUUUGCUUCAAAUGCAGGUGACCACGACUCUAACGAUGACGAAGACUCAGAUUUAGAUGAUGCCUCUGAUCAAGGUGUCCCUGAAGAACAUCAGAUAGAUCCACUCAGUGAAUGGGUGAAAGAUAUCAUUCAGAAAGAGACAUCGAUCCAGUCAGCAACGAUGGUUGAAGAGUUUUUUACGUCCGAUCGCCCUCGCUACGAAGAAUGUCAGCAGUUUUUCCAAGAGCUCAACCAGAAGAUUCGAGGUGCUAAUGAGCAAAAUCAUGUGAAUGAUGUUGAUAUCGGCACCAUACCAGAGUUGGGUUAUAAUGGCUUAUGCGAGGCUUGGCAACAGAAAGCAAAUAUUGCCGUGAAAAACAAAUCAAUUCUGGAUUUUUGGAACGCUUUCAACCACACCCACAAUCUUCUGAAGAUUUUCAACGAAAGACACUUCCUCCCUCAAGCCUGGAAUAUCAGCCAGGAUAGGGCACAGGAAUGGGUUGGAGCCCCAAAUCCAACUCCCGUUGACAGCCCCAGCUCGGCUUCCACAACCGCAAAUGGACAGUCUUCUUCGACUUCGCGGAAAAAGAUUGAUGGAGAACUGAGCGACGCGUCCGACGAUGACACUCAAAAGAAUGCGAAGACUGGGCUUGAUGCCUUAGAAGCAAGAACUAUAAAACAACAACGCCAAUUGAGAUCGGCAGAGGUCCUGUUUUGGUGGCCUAAAGGCACUGGCUCUCAAACGUUUGUGCGCUACGGGGGUAAAACCCCAAUUUAUCGCAUUCGAGCUGGCUCGCACGAGAUUUAUGACAAAAAGCAGACCCAACGCGUUCUUACAACACAAACUCGGGGAACUGCUAAAGUCCCAGAAACUAAAGGUGAAAUUCUUGAGGAGCGCUGGGCAUAUACACGAGACGAUGUAGAGGACAUUAUUGGCAUUGGCUGGAAAAUUGAAGAUGAUGACGAAGAAGGCUUUGACCCUAUUGAUCUUCUCCGGCCUGCUAAGGGAGAAAGCUACCCACAUACUCGGGCUCUCGUAACGUGGAAAGAUGGUACCGCUUCGUUGGAAGGUCGAGCGUUUAUUCGUCGUUUUACGACUGGCUCGGCCUUGGAUGGUGACCGAGUCAUAUAUUAAAAGGCUAACGAGCAUGAGGUCGCCUAUCGCAAGAAGCAUGGACUGACUGGCCAUGAUGGCGAUGCCUAUGAUGGCACAGACCGUGAUACGGAGAGCGAUAUCUCGAUCGUCUCCAAAAGAGCUCGCAAUCGAAGAAACCAUUCUGAGCCUAUGUACCCUUCAAGGUCUGCGCGGAAAAAAUCCAAACAUCAGUCACGUUAUGAGACCAGCGAUAGUGAUACCGAAAGUGACCUCUCCUCGCAUGCUUACAAUAGCCAUCGCGGAAGAUACCGAAGUGAGCCAGUUGCUCACCGGAAAUCUGUACGACAAGGAAGGUCCGAUGAAGCUCUCAUCAAGAAACUCGAAAGAGAGAUCCAAUUGCUCAAGGUAGGAAGAUCGACGUCUCCGGAAGGGAAGCACGGCGCGCAACCGAAGGCUCAACGACGAAGGCGUCGCGAGCGCACCACAUGAUAAGGAUGAACAGAUAUGAGGAUAUGAGAGAUUGUUUUGUGACACGGCCCUUCAUCAGACGGAUUCAACAUCCCGUCUUAUUCCUCCAAUACAUGUGUGGAGAAGGGAGGAGGAGAAGGGAGGGGCCCCUUCUGUUUUGCCAAUUUUUCAGUACUUUUUUUCCCUUUUGCAGCGUCCCAAUAAACGUGGGAAUCCGAUUCUCUCUCGUGGUAUCUCCUUGUGGAAAUAAAUUGUUAUUCAGCUAUGAGCAGG